UGAGCACUGGGAUUUUAUGACCCAAUCCUCACAAUACUUCCCUAUAAAUUCCUCAAACGGUAUCCACGGCACUACAGGCGAAAAAUAUCAUGGCAGCUCAAGAAACUCGGGUAGAAAUUCCGAGAGAUAAGUACCGCUCUUUCUUGUAUGACGACGCUGAGAACACUCACUGGAGACAUGGUGGUCCUCCCUCAUAUGAAGAUGCGAACAGGCUCUUUGAACAAGGCCGAACCAAGGAAUGGCCAAAAGGAUCGUUAGAAGAAACCGUACAAAACGCUAUCAAGUCCUGGGAAAUGGAGGUCUCACACAAGACCCGGGUGCAAGACAUCAGGACAAUAAGUCCCGAAAAAUUCAAGUUAGUCAUCAACGGUAGAGAGGGUUUAUCUGCUGAAGAAACCCUGAAACUUGGAACCUACAACGCAUUGCUGAAAACUUCUCUGCCAGAGGAAUUUCAAUACUACAAAGCUGAAAAAGAGACAUUUGAAUCGUUUCAUGAUGCGUUCAAAUCAGCCUUUCCUCGUGGUUUCGCGUGGGAGGUGCUGGAGGUCUUCUCCGGUCCGCCAGUUAUUGCCUUCAAGUUCAGGCACUGGGGUUUCUUUGAAGGGCCUUUCAAGGGGCAUGCACCCACUGGAGAGAUGGUGGAGUUUCGUGGCCUUGGGACUCUUAAGGUUGAUGAAUCACUGAGAGCGGAAGAAGUUGAGAUAUACUACGACCCAGCACAGCUGUUCGGAGGUCUAUUGAAGGGCUCGAUUAUCCCAGAAUCCCACAACAAAGACUCCAAUGACUUCUCUGAAGCUGCUCUUUCCCCAUUCUCCAACAAAUAAAUGAUACAUACAAUCUAGAUGCCUUGCUCAUUGAGCUUGCGUGUGUUUGUCGUGCCGUGUUUUCAUAUUCUGUCUAUGUAAUGAGCUGAACACAUCCAUGUGUACGACUUAUAAAUCUGACUUGCCUCUCUCCCGAGUAGCAAAAGAUGAUCUGGAAUAAGA